UCCUCUUCGCCUACCGUAGUUACAGCACAAACAACAUGGCGUCCGACAGUGACGGCGACGAGGAUUUUGUGACUUACGGGACUCCUCUGGAGCCUCUGGAAGAAGACGAGCCAUUGAAGAAGCCCGUCCCGCUCCACGAGCAGACGGUGAAGGAUGAGAAGGGCCGAUACCAGCGCUUCCACGGCGCCUUCACCGGAGGCUUCUCAGCCGGAUAUUUCAACACCGUCGGCACCAAAGAAGGCUGGGCCCCAUCAACCUUUGUGUCGUCACGACAACAGAAAGUGGAGAAGAAACAUCAUGCCAGACCCGAAGAUUUCAUGGACGAGGAGGACUUUGGCGAGCACGGCAUCGCUCCGAGAGAGAUCACCACCAGUCAGGAGUUCUCGUCCAGCCGCAGAGACGCCGCCGGAGAGAAGGCGAGAGCCGUCCACGCUCAGGCGGCGCUGAUCCCCGGAGACACGCUGCUGGAGGAGCUCAUCACACCCACCAGGUCGUCCGUGGGGGUGGAGCUGCUGAAGAGGAUGGGCUGGAAGGAGGGUCAGGGGGUCGGGCCGCGCACCAAGAGGAAAGCUCGCCGACAGCAGACAGACGGAGCGAGAGGAGUCUACGGCGCCGUGCUGCCCCCUGCUGGGUCGGAGGAAUCAGAGGACGAGGAAGAGUUUGCUCCAGAGAACGUGACCUUUGCCCCUAAAGACGUGACUCCGGUGGACUUUAACCCCCGGCUGGGGCUUCAGGGUUUGGGCUACCGCGGUCUGGACCCGGGCCGGGCGCUGCUGGGCCUAGGGGCGCCCGAACACAUCGACCUGUUCAGGCCCCAGUCGGAGUCGAGGAGCCGGCUGUUCGGAGACGCCCAGCGAGGCUCGCGGAGAGGAGGCGUGGCCGGACAGGCGUUCGGCGUGGGGGCGAUGGAGGAUGACGAUGAUGAAGAGGUUUACCACCGUGACUCGAUGUCCCGCUACGACACGGUGCUGGGGGGGGAGGAGCCGGGGGACGGCCUGUAUGGGUGGACCGCCCCGCAGCAGUACACCAAGAAGAAAGAUAAAAGCAAAGAUGCUUCGUAUCUCGGUAAAAUCCUGGAGGGGUUCACGCUCGCCCAAAAACCUUCGGAGGGAAUCACGAUCUUCCCUCCCCCCUCUCUGCCCAGAGACUAUCGUCCCGUCCACUGUUUCCGUCCAUCGGUGGAGGUUUUGAGUCUCUCAGGGGUCAGUCCAGCGCUGGCCGAGGCUCUCCGGGUCUCCAGAGGUCACAUGGUCAAAGAGGAGCCCCAACAGGGGGGGCGCCACCAGCUGGACUCCAGCCAGCGGAGGGCACUGCUGGGAGAAGACGCCCUGCAAGGUCCCAGUUCAGUCCUGGAGCUGCUGAAGCCUGAAGACCGAGAGCGGCUGCUGAGCCUCCGCAACUCCUCCUCCUCCUCCAACGUGCCCGCCCCCAAAACCCAGCCCCCGGCCUCCCAUGAUGCCUUGCGGUGGGGGGGUCCAGCAGCGGCGGCACCACCAGCUGUGGCCGGUGUGGCGGCGUCCUCGGGCCUCCAGCAGGAGGCGCUGACCGUGUGGAAAGGAGUCCAGACAUCGUCUCAGACCUUCAGACCGUUUGAGAAGAACUCGAGCAAACAGGCUCGCUACGAGCUGUACCUGGACCGCCUGAAGCAGGGAGACAAAGACGGCCUGGAGCAGAGUCUGGACCCGGGGAUGACCGAGUGGGAGCGUAGCCGAGAGAGGGACGAGUUUGUCCGAGCGUCCAUCCUGUACCGACCCACCGCAUCGUCUCUGUCCUGCCGCUUCACCCGCGCCAAAGACCCGGAGGAGGACGACGGCACUGUGGAGGUCCCACGAGACCAGGAGGGCGACGUGGACGACAAACAGGCCGCCGUGAACAUGAAGAUGUUCGGAAAGUUGACCCGAGAAACGUUCGAGUGGUAUCCUGACAAACUCCUCUGCAAGAGGUUCAACAUCCCCGACCCCUACCCCGGGUGCAGUUUGGUCGGUCUGCCGAAAGUGAAGAGAGACAAGUUCUCAGUCUUCAACUUCCUGAGCGUACCGGAGAGCAGAGAGACGACCGCUGCUCCGAAGCCUCCGGAGGCUGGGAAGAGGUCCAGGUGGGAUGUUUCUCAGGAGGAGGAGAAGAAGAAGAAAGAUCCUCUGAGCCAGCUGCUCAACGAUGCUCGAAACCAAACUGAGAUCAAAGAGGAGCAGAGCUCUCCGCCCGCCUCCGGCAGCGCCAAAGAUCAAACUGAGACGAUGUCGGUUGAUGAGCAGAAAGAAAAGAAAGACGAAGAGGAGGAGGAAGAGGAGGAGGAGAGCCGGCCUCCCAUGGAUCUGUUCAAGGCCAUCUUCGCCAGCUCCUCCUCCUCGGAGGAGGAGGAGGAGAAAUCCUCGUCUUCCUCGCAGGGAGAGAGCGACGGAGAGGCGGAGGACAAGGACGCCACGGAGGGCCGAGUCGAAGCCGACACACCGGCACUGAAUCUGUUCGGCAUCGCCGUCCACGGUUCCAGCCAGCAGCCUGCUGUCGUUCGGCCUCAGAACUUCGUACAAGAAGUAAAAGAAGAAGAAGAGGAGUUUGGUCCCAAGCUGCCGCCUCCUUCAGCUGCUCUCAUCAGAGGAGGCCCCGUCUCCGUCGAGAAACCCAACAAGAGGAGCCGAGAGAAGAGACACAAGAACAAGAAGCAGCACAAACACAAGAAGGACAAGAAGAAGAAGAAGAAGAAGAAGCACAAGACCAAAGGAAAGCAGCAGAAGAAGAGUAAGAAGGAGACAGACAGCAGCGGCGAGGACAGUGGCGGCGAGGACAGCGGCGAGGAAGCUGCACAGGUGUCGACUCAGGAGCUGCUCAAAAGACUGAAACAUGUCCGGUCUCUUGAGUCCUGGUGAAGAAGUGGACCGUGUCCUCAGUGAGGACGACCGUCAGCAGAUUCCAUGUUCUCAUUUGAAAUAAUAAAAGUGUUGAUCAUUUAA